GGAAAAGCGCUUUUCUUUAACAGUCAACGUCUUUAAACAGCGACCUAUUCGGUUGCCAGUUAAACAUGUCGAUAUUUGACGAAGGCAUUAGAAUGAACGCGGCACUAAAAUAACCCGAGUCGUUUCCCUACGUCGUUAGCAUGUAGCAUUGUGGCUGAGCUCGCCCAGAUGUGCACACAAUCUACUCAGUACACAUACGAUCUGAAAGCCUUUGAGAGAAGACUGACAGAAUAUGUCUCCUGUUUACAACCUGCAACAGGCAGGUGGAGAAUGAUUUUAAUCGUGGUAUCAGUCUGCACAGCCACCGGGGCUUGGAACUGGUUGAUAGACCCGGAUACACAAAAGGUGUCUUUCUUUUCAUCGCUGUGGAAUCAUCCCUUCUUCACCAUCAGCUGCGUCACGCUCAUCGCGCUCUUCUUUGCCGGGAUACACAAGCGCGUUGUGGCACCGUCGAUUAUAGCUGCAAGGUGUCGGAUAGUUCUAGCUGAAUACAACAUGUCCUGUGACGACACGGGGAAGCUUAUACUUAAGCCGCGGCCAAAUAUCCAGUAGGUGUACGGUUGUGGGUGGUCAGAAAACAUCGAGGGGACAUUAUUGUCAUCGUGAAGAAGACAUUUUGUCAAGGAGAGAGCGAAAGAGAGAGAGAGAGAGAUGGACAUUUUGUAACUGUGCUUAUGUUGAAGCUGCUCAAUUCCUCUUAACAGAAAUGGUAUGCGUUCAUGGUAAUUAUGUAUUUUAUCUAAAUGUUUAUAUUUUUUAAAACUAGCUACCUAAUAAAUCUAAGAGUUAUGAAAA